AUUUUUGUCUUUGCAAGUCGAAGAUGUCGUUCCUUUCAAUUUUGUUAGUUGCGUCCGCAUUUUAUUUUGCUCACGCAAGACCAGAUACAGGAUCCCCCGAAUGGAAUAGCAAACCAGUAGACUCCCAAGAACCAGCCAGUCACGAUGCAUCAUACGAUGAUUCAUCUUACCAGGAGUCAGGUCACCAAGAAUCCCCUUCAGAUCGUGCGGCUUACGAACGGCUAUCGGCUUUAAUGACUGAUUUUGGCAAAGCCAUGGAUACGCAUUUGACUCCGUUAAUGUCGAAAAUGGCAGAGCAUAAGCAGAAGGACAUGAAGUCUAUAGGCUUGAACGGGAUGGCGAGUUACUUGAACUACAUGUACCUCAUGAUUCAAGAAUAUGAACACGAGAAAGAGAAAGGGGUAAACUCUACAAGUCACGACCCUUCAACACCAAGAAAUAACGAAAUCAUUCUACAGUUUGACUCACCUUACAACGUGGACUGGCCUUUCAUUCACGACACCCAUGAAGAACAUAAAGUUGCCAAUUAAUGGUCUAUUUUAAAUGCAUUUUGUAACACGUUACAAUUUAUUUACAAGCAAUAUUAUACCUUAUUUGUAACAGAAAUAAAUGUGUUUUUUAAUCGUCA